AUGUUACUAACGAUGGGUGAACGGAAAGUCGAAAGGGGGUCAUCAGCUGCUAGUGAUGAUAAGCAGCAAAGGUGGAGAAAGGCUAUGAUAUCAGGUGAAACAAUGGCUUCAUCAAUGUUGAUCAAUAGAGUUCCAUCAUCCGUUGUCUUACCACUUCAUGGGAAUGUCUAUCCUACUGGGUUCUAUAAUGUGACCCUCAACAUUGGGCAACCACCAAAGCCCUACUUUCUUGAUGUAGAUACUGGAAGUGACCUUACAUGGCUCCAAUGUGAUGCUCCCUGUGUCCAAUGCACAGAGGCACCUCAUCCAUAUUAUCGACCCAGUAAAAAUCUAGUGGCUUGUGAGGACCCCAUUUGUCAAUCGUUGCACUCCAAUGGUGACCACAGAUGUGAAAACCCAGGGCAGUGUGACUAUGAGGUUGAGUAUGCUGAUGGUGGAUCAUCCCUCGGUGUCCUUGUCAGGGAUGCCUUUAAUCUCAACUUUACAAGUGAAAUUCGCCAGAGUCCUGUUCUGGCCCUUGGAUGUGGAUAUGAUCAGCUUCCAGGCGGAUCUUAUCAUCCCAUCGAUGGAGUACUUGGCCUUGGCAGGGGAAAGUCUACCAUUGUAUCGCAGCUUAGUAGUCAGGGUUUGGUGAGAAAUGUGGUUGGUCACUGUUUAAGUGGGCGUGGUGGAGGAUUCCUCUUCUUCGGCAAUGAUCUUUAUGAUUCAUCUCGUGUAGCUUGGACACCGAUGUCACCCAAUGCGAAACACUAUUCACCUGGAUUUGCUGAACUCACUUUUGAUGGGAAAGCUACUGGUUUGAAAAACCUGUUCAUAGCUUUUGACAGUGGGGCCUCUUACACUUACCUUAACUCUCAGGCGUAUCAAAGUCUAAUCUAUCUGAUGAAGAGAGAAUUAUCAUCGAAGCCUUUGAGAGAAGCACUGGAUGAUAGGACACUCCCACUUUGCUGGAAAGGACGGAAACCUUUCAAAAGCGUACGUGAUGUCAAGAAAUACUUCAAGACCUUUGCAUUGAGCUUCAUGAAUGACGGAAAAUCUAAAACUCAGCUUGAAUUCCCACCAGAAGCAUGCCUUACAAUAUCAUCUAUGGGAAAUGCUUGCUUGGGAAUCCUAAAUGGUACAGAAGUAGGGCUGAAUGAUCUAAAUGUCAUUGGAGACAUAUCAAUGCAAGACAGAGUGGUGAUUUAUGACAACGAGAAGCAACUGAUUGGAUGGGCCCCUGGAAAUUGCAACAGGAUUCCUAAAUCGAAAAGCUUCAUCAUUUGA